UUACAUAGGGUAUUCUCAACAAUAAUAAUGAACUGUUAGAGGUUAUGUUUACAACCUGUAACAGUCAGUUAUGUUAGAAAACAUUGUUUUUUUCAUCAGAUCUCCUUGUGAAACACACCCCCACACACACCCACACACACGCACACACAGCACGCGCACUUUCGGACCUCCUCCACCACACACACUCCUCUAGGAACGCGGUCCGAGUUUGCGUGUGACGUCACGGCACGCGUGGGCCGCCGCAGCUCGCGGAUCGGCUACAAGUUCUCGGUGUGCUCGGGCCGCUGCCCACUCCCACUGUGUCCCCUCAUCUAUAGCAGUGCGCGCUGACCAUCCUUUAUGCUGGAUAUUCUACUCCAUUCUUCUUUCUUGGGUGAUAUGGGGGAUCAUUCAAAAAAGAAGUCCGGGAUCGCCAUGUGUGUGGGCUGCGGAAGUCAGAUCCAUGACCAGUAUAUCCUGCGGGUCUCCCCGGACCUGGAGUGGCACGCGGCGUGUCUGAAGUGCGCAGAGUGCAGUCAGUACCUGGAUGAGACGUGUACUUGCUUCGUCCGGGACGGCAAGACCUACUGCAAAAGAGACUACGUAAGGUUAUUCGGUAUUAAAUGUGCGAAAUGCAACGUGGGCUUCUGCAGCAGUGACUUGGUAAUGCGUGCUCGGGAGAACGUUUACCACAUGGAGUGUUUCAGGUGCUCGGUGUGCAGCAGACACCUCCUGCCGGGAGAUGAGUUCUCUCUGCGGGAAGAGGAGCUGCUGUGCCGGACUGAUCACGGGCUGCUGCUGGAGCGCGCCGCGUCGGGGAGUCCACCUAUCAGCCCGGGCAACACACACUCCACCAGAGCUCUGCACAUGGCCGAGCCGGUACCUGUGCGGCAGCCCCCACACCGCAACCACGUCCACAAGCAGUCGGAGAAGACGACCCGUGUGCGCACUGUGCUCAACGAGAAGCAGCUGCACACACUGCGCACAUGCUACAACGCCAACCCGCGGCCCGACGCGCUCAUGAAGGAGCAGCUGGUGGAGAUGACGGGCCUCAGUCCGCGAGUUAUCCGCGUCUGGUUCCAGAACAAACGCUGCAAGGACAAGAAGAGGUCUAUGCUCAUGAAGCAACUCCAGCAGCAGCAGCACAGCGACAAAACCAAUCUCCAGGGUCUAACAGGGACACCUCUAGUGGCAGGUAGUCCCAUCCGGCAUGACAACACGGUGCAGGGGAAUCCUGUAGAAGUGCAGACCUACCAGCCUCCAUGGAAAGCGCUGAGCGAGUUCGCGCUACAGAGCGACCUGGAGCAGCCCGCCUUCCAGCAGCUGGUGUCCUUCUCUGAGUCGGGUUCUCUGGGCACCUCCUCGGGCAGUGAUGUGACUUCGCUGUCAUCGCAGUUACCCGACACCCCCAACAGCAUGGUGUCCAGUCCUGUGGAAACGUGAUGGAGUUCAGUGACCUCUGUCCACCCCAGCAUGCUGAACCCCACCCCGAUCUGCAUGAACACAGAGCACCUCACCAUCUCCACCUGAGGAACACGACGGAACCACGGAAAACAACAUACAGCAACACAGUGGAUUAAAACUCGGAACGCACAAGUGUGUCAAAAAAACAAAAACAAAACAAAACAAAAAACAACCACACGGAGCCAAGAAGCAGGGACUCACCACACGCGUUUACUUCAGCCCUAAAGGCAGGAACCCACACGGAUCCGAUAUCUUCCCGAGGAAUAUGAACAAGUUGACCCACUGUCAACAACAUAACAAAUAACAAUAAUGUCUUUACCAGUAUUCCUUACGUAGUUUUAUCAACACCUGAUGACAUUUCCCUAAUUCAAUGAGACAACAGAGCCACGUUUGUCUUAAUGCGCAUGAUCUCCGAAGACAAUGUAUAAAAGUCACAUGUAGACUAUUUUAUCUUUACGGAUGGAGGACAAAUUGUUUGAACUUCUCGAGAGAACAAAAGUAAGUUAUUGUUAUUUAUUGUCAGGACGAGAGUCCGAGCGAGAAUUAAGAAAUGACCUUAAUAAACUAUGCUAAGUGUUGUUUAUGUCUGAGAAAAACUUUGCAUGCGAAGGUAUCUAUAUCUUUUUUUUUAUUAUUUUUUUUUAAAGAAAAGAAAAUAUAGAAGAAGACUAAUCAAAAAUAUCUAUUCGGGAUUUUAUUAGUGGAUAACAGCAUAUCGAUCUACAGCACAGACUUCAACGCCACGCCAGAAAAUGGCGAUUAAAUAUCAGUGAAUGGCAUUUAGCCUGAGUGUUCUGCUAUCUGAUUUCAACACGGGAAAGGAAUAUUACAUGAAUUAUUUGGCUUGCAUUUUUUUUUUUUUUACAUCAUCAAAAAUAAUGUACAUUCCAAACAAAAGAAGUAAAUGUAUUGGUGUUGAUUUAGAAUAUAUUUGUGAAAUUAAUUUACUCAUAAUUAGAUAAUUUAUUAGGGAAUAAAUUAGAAUAGUGUUGUAGAUGAGGCAGUGUUAGUGAGUAUUAAUAUAAUCUUAGGAAAAAAGGUACUAAACUGUACUUUUUCCUUCCCUCAUGCGUACACCUUUUGUACCUAUAGUAUGUAUCAUUUACCU